CAUCUUGACAGAAUCAUGAAACAGAUGCACUUGUUGAAUUGCAUCCCAUUCAUUUCGAGUGCGCUCUUUGUGUUCAAACACAUCGCGUUACCGAAGAAAAUGCACUAGAGAUUUACCUGAUAACCACCUCCAGCCUGCCACGAUUCAUCAGCCAUUACUUCGCCGUUAGGAUUAGAGACUUUGAUGUCUGCACUGCGACUGUGGCCAUGUUUGGACGCUGUCCUGACCUUUGCGAUCUUCAUCUCGUCCAUCCUCCCAGACAUUGCCACGGGACUCUCAGGUCAGAGCUGCCCUCACCCAGUUAUCCCAGAGCAUGGUGGCUUUUACUGUAAGCCCUCUCCAUGCAGGGGCUUCACUCAGAAGAGCUUUAUCUACUACUUCUGCGAGACGGGCUACAGCCUGCCAGGCCGGGUUCACCGUUCCAAGUGCCUCAAAGGGCAGUGGACCCCCAGUGUGCCCACAUGUGUCCCUAACACAGCUGGGCAUGCUAAACACGAGGACAGAAACACCAGCUCUAUGCCGAGCAUUGCUACAACGGCUGUUGGAGUGUCCAUCUUUCUGCUGACCGCCACAGCCUGCAUGGUUAUCAAGUCUCGUUUCUACCCAUGUCAUUCACAAAGCCGACGAUCGUCGGACCAGGUGGACUUGGUCGUGGACGGCUUCCCCGUGUCUCUGCCCACCUACGAGGAGGCAAUCUAUGGCAGCUGGGGCCAGCGCCUCCCGCCUUUUCGGGGGCCAACUCGGCUCCUGCUCGCCUCAUCAGAGCACAGCCCCCUGUCGUCCCUCAUCCAGUCCGACUCGAGCUGUUCCGCGGGCGAGGUGAAUCAUAGCGUGGACAUGCUGACGCAGCCGCCACCCUACGAGGAAGUCCCUGUGCGGGUGGCAGACGACAGGAACGAGGAGGAUGCGAGGGUGCCGAACAUUGCACUUACUGCGGAGAAGGACAACUAACGAGUGAGGCGCGUCCACUCUCCUGCAUGCUUCUGACUGUCCUCCCUCUGGGCCAGAAUGCCGGUGGUUUGUGGCUGUCGACACAGGGUGACUCCUAGCCCCUAGUUCUUAAGUAAUCCGUGUCCUUGAGAUUUCUUUUCCUUAAUCUUAAUGAAAGCCUGCGGCUGAGAGCGUGCGGAUAUUCAGCAAACAUAGCGACGAUUUUGACUGUAUGAGGACUACGUGAUAUGCACAGCAAUGUUGAUUGUUUAAAGUUUUCAGUGGACCUGGAGACAUGUUUAUCAUUACCCUCAGUGAGGACACUAGACCACAGUGGUCGCAGGGACAUGCAUAAUAACCCAAGCAUUGCAUUAGAUGAAUGUUGACUUUCUUUUGUGGGACCCAACAUGACUGCAGUGAGCAGUUAUUGUUUAGAGGAGAAUGUAAAAAGUAGAAUGUAACCCUAGCAGAACGGGGCGAUUUGAUGGCGUCACCUGCACGCAUGCCUCAAGCACAGACUCGCCCAGGCUCAGAACCAGAGCUGAGGUGGGAUUUUGCUUGGAUUGUUCUUGCGAGAAGCUUCCCUUUGCACUGAGGCUCCCCUUAGACUCUUCACUCUGUUCACUGUGUCUAGUUUACAGUGACUGCUAACUGUUGCUGCAACGGAACACCUUUAUUUAUAACGGGUGGAAUUUUGUAUAGAGUGUACAGUAGUUAAAAACCAUUUAGGUGGAAGGCAUCGGUUUAAAGUUGUUCCCUGAUGGUGUUUAGGAGCAGUACAGACUUGAAGCACACUUGCUGUAAUGGCAUUCUGCCUUUCUUUUACUGUUUAACUAAAAAUAGUGGCCUGUUAUGUUACUAUAAUGUUUCAGAUUUUACAUACAUGUAUUUAGCAUUUCUCAAAUAAUAUAUAAAUAUCUUAAUGUUAUAAUUGAUAACCCUUUUGAAGUGAAUUUAAUUAAAAAGAUUCCAUUUUAAAACUGGUCAGUGCUGCUUUUAUCUAUUUAUGUAUUUAUUUAUGUAUUUAAACAUCUCACAGCUCAUUGCAAUAACUUAUUUAACAGAUCUGGUGAUGUCAGGGCAUGUAGAAAACAACAUCAUUUUCUGUGCCACAGGUAACCGUGUCUUAAUGUUUGGUUUCUUUUAUAAAGAAAGUACACUGGUGGUUAACACUGCAGCAAGGGUUGCUGGCUCAGUUAACAAACAAAGGCAUUGACCUGGAUAACUGAGUUUUUCAAAAACUAGGAUGCAUUUCCUGAGACGCUACCAUUGUGAUGCACAUGAUGUUUUUACUGCAUUCUUUCCACUAAAUCCACUGCUCCAAAACACACAAUGUCGAUGGUGUGUUUAUUAACUAUUACUAUUUAA